AUGUCCGGAGGCCAGCGGAUUGAGGACGAGAGGGGAAAUAUGCUCCAACCCGAGGUCCACGUCAAAAGCCUCGAUGAUGACUCCAUAAUAAUUGCCUGGACUCGCAUUCAUGACUGUGGGGUGCAAUCUCUCAGAGUGUUUCAAAAUUCACCAAUCUCAAUGGAAAAGUUCCGGAUAAGGAAAUACAAGGACAAGUACACCCUUGUCCUUGGCGAAUUCAAUUCGAAUUGUCACAUUUACGCGUCUCGUGGAAUGGGGGGGCUCGUGGGGUCGAAGGGAGGACUUCUGCUUAUUUGA